CAUGACCCAUAUCGUGUGUUUGAAAAAAAACCAAAAUCAUGGAUUACAUUCUUCCCUAAAAUGGCGCCAUUUUCUUCCCGCUCCCCAUAAUUUCCCCCAAUUUUCAACCCUAAUUCACUCCCUCCCACCCCCAAUUCUGACAAAACCCAUUUGUUUCGUUCAACAAAAAAUCCAAUCUUGAAGAUGUUCUACUCUCACAAUCUGCUUGCAAGAAAGGGUCCGUUGGGCACUGUGUGGUGUGCAGCACAUCUUCAAAACAGACUCAAGAAACCCAACUAUAUUAGUGUCAACAUCCCCUCAACUGUUGAGAAAAUAAUGAACCCGGAAGUUCCGAUUGCCUUAAGAAUGUCUGGGCAUCUUCUAUUUGGCGUUGUUAGAAUUUACUCAAAGAAAGUCGAGUAUCUCCAGCGCGACUGUAAUUCUUUACGCAUAGAAAUAAGCAAGGCUUAUGCAAACGCCGAUAUUAAUCUACCCGAAGACGCAAAUCAAGCAAAGGAUGAGUCCAUUACUUUGCCUGACAACUUUGCCCUUGAUUUAAUGGGUAUCGACGACCACGACCUAAAUGGGUCUCCAGACAACCAUCUCAGGCGCAACGAAGAUAUUUCGUUUACAGAUCAUAGUCCCGCCAGUUUUUCGAAAAACCAACAUGGAACUCCUGCAGGAUAUAUUAUGAUUUCCGUUGGUGAGAUUUCAUCUCGAAGUCCAUCUAUCAUUAGGAAUAGCCCCGUGCCAAGAUCAGUGCACACGGAGGAUAUUCCUGAUCCUCAUACUCCACCCUCAACUUUUAACGGUGUUCAAGAUCCCGAUCCUGAUCAUCAUUUACGAUCUAAUGACAUCAUCACUAACGAGGAUGAUGUAGUUCCUCCGCUUGAAGUUGAAACUCUUCGUAUCAAUACUCCUAGUGUGCAGAAGACUCCUAUAAGUGAUGCCCUUCCAGACGAGAUUGCACCAGACCUGGAAAUAGUGAACGAGAUUUCCGAAAAAAAUAAUAAUGAUUCAUCAAAUUUAAACGAUAUCCCGGAUAACGGUGGACCCUCCUCGCCACCUAAGCAAAGUUCAUCACGGGAAUCCAUGCAUUCUGAUCAUGAUCAUGUUCAAGAUAGCUCAGCACGUCAGGCCUCGUUUAAGUUAGUAUCAACUUCACCAAGAGUUAAACGGUCUGCUGAGCUGGCACCGGCCCCACCAAGGGUAAAACGGAGAAGGAUUAAAUAUGAUCAAGCUACAGUCUUGACUAAUGAGUUCAUGAAAAAAGCUAUCGACGAUGCUAGCGGUUUGAAACGGAAAAGAAAAGGAGUAUCUUCCUAUUUGGGUGUUUAUAGAUUGAACAAUGCCCAUAAGAAGCAAAAAGUCCUGUUUGACCCUGUAAUUACCGGGUUGUGUGAUAAUCUUUCGGAAUUGCACGAGGAUGACAAUGUAUCUUCAAAAGCUUGUCUGAUUAACGUUGAACAAGCUAAUCCCGGUGUUAUGGAAGUUAACGUUGAACAAGCUAAUCCCGGUGUUAUGGAAAUUAACGUUGAACAAGCUAGUCCCGGUGUUAUGGAAGUUAACAUUGAACAAGCUAAUCCCGAUGCUAUGGAAAUCGGACGUUUUAGCGACUCCGCUGACCGUGGUGACAACCUGAUACCGAUAAGUUCUCCGGACAAUACACAAUUCUCUUCCCCCCACCACGAGGACCAAAACACCCCUGCUUUCAGUACUGACGUCGGGUCGAAAUCAUAUCAGGCAGCAACAACCGCAGGGACUAGUGUGGGGCCUACACCUGACCAUACGUCGUCUAUCGGAUCUUUUCCUGCGUCAUCUGUUAAAUCGUUUUUUUCUGAUACCGACACCCCGUUUCCUGAAAGUCAUCAGGGUUUUGAUAACAGUGGCGGUUUGUACGAUAUCCCUGAGGUGGAUGAUGCCGAAGAGUUUGCGUUUAUAGAAGAUGAUGCCGGUACACCAAGUUUGAAGGGUACACCAGAAAUAGGCUCAUUGUUACCAAGAACCAGAGGUGUGGCUAAACUGAUAAAAGAAAAGUCAGCGGCUACCCCGUCUUCGUCAGAAAACUUUGGAUCCGUUAGUAUGAAGAGCAUUCUUGAAGGAAAAACGAGAAAAGUAUGCUCUAGAAUGUUUUUUGAAACACUGGUCUUGAAGAGCUGUGAUCUUGUUGAUGUGAAGCAAGAUGAACCUUAUGGUGAUAUCACUCUGAAGGUGACAUCAAAGCUUUCAAAGCUUGAUUUUUCUAACUAGAAAUGCUCCAAGGCUGUUAAUGGAAUAAUUUUUGUUGGUAUAAACUCGGCGUGUUGGUCAUCUUUGUAAAUGGUUUCGAUGUCUAAUUAUGGUCUUCGACGGAUUGCUCAAUCUGUGUUUUAUUCUACUCUGGUUUUUUUUUUUUUAGGAAUUUUGGGAAGCAUUUUAAUUUAUUAUAUUUUUUAGGAUUUUAGGAUGUUUGGGUUUUUAAGUUGCUAAACAACUGAUCUUUAAUUUGUAUUGUAAAGCAAAUGAAUGGUUACUUACCAAAGGUUUUGGUUUUGUUGGGUGGAUC